CGUCCCUUCUUUAACCCAAGCCAGUCUACCUGUGUCUCCAACGGUGGAUGCUUUCCCCAAAUCCGACCGUUCCCUCACCGGCCGCAGCAGACUGUGAGCCCUGUUGUUCUCCUCCUCGGAGUUCCGCGCCACGAUUCUCUUCGGCUUACCCCGCCCUCGCCGGUGCCGCUGCGUCCGCUGCGGCGCAUCGCUUAUACUCUGAACGGAAAAGGGGGAUUGCUGGGCCGAGGUGUGACGGACUGCAAAAAUGUCUGCCUGUAGUGGACCGAAGAUCAAAAGCGAGUUGAGGGUUUUCGAGAGCGCGGAUGAGCUCGCCACGGAUUUGGCGGAGUACAUAUCGCAACUGUCUGAGAAUUCCGUGAAGGAGAGGGGAUGCUUUACCAUUGCUUUGUCUGGAGGAUCUCUAAUAAGUUUGAUGAGGAAACUCUGUGAAGCUCCUUACGACAAGACAGUUGAUUGGACAAAAUGGUUUGUGUUUUGGGCUGAUGAGCGUGCAGUGGCAAAGAAUCAUAUCGAUAGCAACCAUAAGCUAACAAAGGAUCUCUUUCUUUCAAAGGUUCCCAUUCUCAACAGCCAUGUAUUCUCCAUAAAUGACAAUGUUACAGUGGAAGAAGCUGCAGCAGAGUACGAGUUUACCAUUCGUCAGCUAGUGAAGAUCCGGACUGUGGGUGUUUCUGAAAGCAAUGAUUGCCCCAAAUUUGACCUUAUCCUUCUUGGCAUGGGACCUGAUGGACAUGUUGCUUCACUCUUCCCUCACCACCCAGCCCUUGAACUGAAAGAGGAGUGGGUUACUUAUAUCACUGAUUCUCCCAAGCCUCCACCUGAGAGGAUUACUUUCACGCUCCCUGUAAUCAACUCUGCUUCUAAUGUUGCUAUGGUGGCUGUGGGCGAGGAGAAGGCCAUGGCAGUGCACCUUGCCACUGCUGGCGCCGGUGAGAACUUUGAUGCCUCUUCGUUGCCUGCUAGGAUGGUUCAGCCAACCGAUGGAAAAUUAGUGUGGUUCUUGGAUUCGACGGCUGCCUCGGUUUUGGAUGUCAGUAACGGCGGCUCCGGGUAAGCUAUGUGAUAACUGUGGGGCCCUGUUGAUGUGUCUAUGUAGAUCGAUACUUCGAAACAAAUGUCUCUUUUUCCUCUUGGUUACUCGAAUACUUUGUCGCUCCAUAGCAUAGUUAUGGUGGGGAGGGAGUCCCGUUGCUAGUUAAUGUAUGAUCACAGGUUUAUUAUAAAAGAUAAUAAGUUAAUGUGGUGUUGGCCUGUGGGAUUCA